AUGCGGCGCCAUAAUCGCUCGAACAAUCCACCGCCACUGGGAAGCACGCAGCCAUGGCUGGAUCAAGGAAACUCCAACAAUAACCCUGCUGUCAAAAGACGACUUUGGGUGCAGAAAGUCUGCCAGCUGCAUGCAUCUGUAGCAAGAUUGAAGCUAUACGCCAGGAAACCCCGUAUAUCGACGGGGUUGCAUGUGGAUAAGGAAUUGACGUGCGUGCCGCAUUGUCGCUGGGCUCUGAGAACAAGGCUAGAAGCUAAUGCGUCACAACAAUGCCCGUUCCGGAAAUAA